AUGAUCCAAACUUGGAUCCUGCUGGAGUUUUGCGAUAAGGGCUGCUUGCAGGAGGCCAUUGACCGCGGCUGGUUGAGGACGGAGCGCUCGGCACUGUCCGGGGGUCCGAACUUGGCGGCGGUGUUGGCGACGGCACGGGAGGUGGCGUCAGCGCUGGCGUACCUGCACGCCGCCAAUGUCGUACACGGCGACCUGUCGGGAUGGAAUGUGAUGCUGUGCUCGUCCGGGCCAGCGGCGGCGGAGGGCGGGAGGGGCUUCGUGGCCAAGGUGGCUGACUUUGGGCUGAGUCGUACAUUGGAGAUCCGGUCAAAGAUGCAGACCGCCAACUACGGCACGCUGUCGCACAUGCCUCCGGAGCUCGUCCUGCACGGCACCGUGAGCCGUGCUGUGGACGUGUACUCGUUUGGUGUUCUGCUGUGGCAGAUGUACACCGGGUCGCGGCCCUGGGCGGGUUUGACACACAGCCAGAUUAUUAUGCUGAUUGGCUCUGGGGAGGCGCGGCUCGUUUUCCCGCCCAACACGCCCCGCGAGUACGAGUCCCUCAUGCGGGCGUGUACGGAUCGCGAUCCUGAGCAGCGGCCUCCUUUCACCCAGGUGGUCAAGACUCUGGAGGAGAUGCAGGAGACAUUGAAGAUGCAGGGCUGGCUGGACUGA